CACGGUGCGAGCGGGUUUCGCUAACGAAGGUAUAAACCCGGUAGCUCAUUUCGAGCUCGUUUGGCUGACUCCCAUGCCAUCAUUUGAUUGCAACCCACGGAUGCUGUCCUCGAGAGCGUGGCUAUCGAAGAGCCCCAUUUCUUGACCGCGUCGUGGAUGAGGAUAGCGCAGUCACGCAGUCUGGAGUCUGGAGCGAGGGCGAAGUGGUCUCAUGGCGACGUGUUGACACUGCGAGAUCUGGAAUGGUGCAGCUUCAGCGAGAAACCGCUGGGCAUGAUGCUGGUGCAGUCUGAGGUGCGCAUGAUGGAUGGAAAGCUCCUCGUCUAUCAGCGCUUUGAAGCGACGGAUGUUGAAUGCUGAGUGAAAUGCUGAUAAUUCCAAGUUGAAGAGUACGACGUAAAUAAACCCUGUGCCCCUUCGCACACCGACAAUCAAACCCCCUCUCGCGUACCCGAAUUAGACGAAGGCGGGAGAGCUUGAGCCAAAGGCGACGUGGAUCCAAUGGGCAGCUUCUUCGACCAUCUUCAUAUUGGCAGGACUGGCAGAGCCGCGUUGGAAGAGGGCAAAUCCGAUGUGUCGUUGAGACCGUUCGCGUCGCUGCCUUCCUCAUGAAGGGCGACGUCUUCUCGUCGUAUUGUUACAGACAAGGAGAGGAAGAGAGCGGUAAUGGACGUCAAACUGGGCAAUGAUGAGCGCUGCGAGCCUUCUGGAUGGUCUCGUGGAUGGCGGGGAGGCUGGGUGAGCAAGCGUUGAGAAGGCGCAGGCCACAGAGGCUCAAGUACCGACGAAGGUAUCCCGG